AAACUAUCCACCCUGUGUUUAUGUUUGUGAGUGUACGCACACAUUAAACAAUUAGUAAGGUCUUUCUCAAUGUCUCGGACUAUGGUGAACAACUCGAAAAAUGUUGGAAAGGAUGCUCUUCAUCAUCAUCGUGGUCAUCAUCAACGACAAGCUGGUACUUCUCCUUCUUGUGCUUCUUCAGAAAAAACCGCUAGUAAUGAUGGUCUCAAGAAGGGUCCUUGGACAGCCGACGAAGACCAGAAGCUGAUCGAUUAUAUCAAGAAACACGGGCAUGGCAGAUGGCGAACCCUUCCCAAAAAUGCCGGCUUGAAAAGGUGCGGAAAGAGCUGCCGACUUCGCUGGACAAACUACCUGAGACCGGACAUCAAGAGGGGCAGGUUCUCAUCUGAAGAAGAGGAGGCCAUAAUUCAGUUGCAUAGCAUUCUGGGUAACAAGUGGUCUGCUAUCGCGGCUCGACUGCCGGGGAGGACCGACAACGAAAUCAAGAACUACUGGAACACCCACAUCAAGAAGAGACUGCUGCGGAUGGGAAUCGACCCUGUGACUCAUGCCCCACGGCUCGAUGUUCUCGAGCUGUCCUCGAUCCUCUCCUCAUCCCUCUACAACUACACUCAUUAUCCAAACAUCCCGAAUUUGCUAGGGUUAAUAGGAUCCUCAUCACUAAACCAAAACAAAGACUUCCUAGAAAUAGCGAAGCAGCUCGUGAUUUCGCAAAACAUUUCUCGAGAAGGCCCACCAAACUAUAUCGAGCCCCCAUUAGCGCAUCAUCUCCAAAACCAAAACCAGGACCAACAUCUUUCUGCAAACCCGAUUUCCAUUGGUGACCAAUAUUACUCGCUUCCGAGCUCUUCGUGGGACAACAGUUAUGGGGGCUUCGGCUUCGAUCAGAAUCUAAUGAACAGCUCACUGUUAGGAGCUGAUCAGGGUUCAUUUGAUAUAGGAAACGACAGUAAUGGAUAUGUCGGUUUGGUUCAAUCGUUGAUCGAUCCCAAUAGUAAUUUUCAGGACGAGAAUGUCAACAUUAAGGAAGUACAGAGGUUGGGUGUAGCUGGCUCAUCCCAUUCUUCUCCCAUGUCUAAUAACUCGGGUUGCACCUUCAACUCAUCUUCGACGACGACGAGGACGAGGACGUAUGGAGCCAGUGGGACCUGCAAUAACGAAGACGAGAGGGAUACUUACGGAAGUAACAGCUCGAUGUAUGAUAUUAUAAAUCAUGUCUCGUCAUAUGUCAACUCGAUUAUGUAAGCACGUCUUUGCUCAUGAUUUAUCUAUCUAUAUACUGCAUAAUCUUUUAUUUAGAAAUAUGAUAACUCUAGAAAGUUAGAAGCCCAACAUUUUUCUCAUGUUCUGCCUCAUUUUAUAGCUUUGUAAUUUUUGUAUAAAU